AUGGCGUUCCGGCAAUCCCUCCACUUCAAGAGUUCUUUCCUCACCCCUCCUCGGUCAUACUCCCAGCCAUGCUUCUCCCUCCGUCCUCAACGGAACUUCACUACCCAAGGAUCAGUCGUCUCAAGGCAAGCUAUUGGCAGAAUAACGCCAAAGAGAAUAGCCGUACCCCGGUCCUCGGUAGAAGGCGCGGCGCCGGUGGACAAUGGGAUGCCUCAUCGAUCUAUUUGGCGGCCAUUGAUCUUCUGUGCGGCGUUUGGAGGAGGAGGUUAUGCGCUCCUGGCUUUCUACACCAAUUACGACACUCAAGUAUGGUCGGACAAGAUGGGAGGCGGAAGCUGGUGGCGGCUUGGGGUCGACCAGCCUUCGGAUCGAGAGAUGGCUCGAGCAAAGCAACUAGAAGGAGCCAAGAAAGCACAGAAACUGCUGAAUGAGCUCCCCGCCACUCUCUCUUUCGUCCCAAACCUCAUCCUCGUCCCUAUCCUCCGAACAUACGUCCUCUUUUCCGAAUUCUACCUCAACUCUCCACCAGCCCAGCUUGCGCCUCUCGCCCUCAUAGGCGGUAUGGGCACGAUCUUCUUGGCGUGGAAGGUUCCCAGGGCAGAGAAGUUUAUGCGGAAGUGGUUUCUGCAUAGGCCGGUCAUUUACACGGCUUCUGCCAAGAGGGAGUGGGCAAACUGCGUGACGUUGUUUACUAGCACCAUCUCCCACCAAUCACUCCCUCACUUCGCUUUCAACUCUCUCGCCCUCUUCUCCUUCGGGGCCGCUUCCUUCACCUUCCUCUCCGCCCCUCCCGUCACACCCUCUCUCCCCACCUCUACCCACUCCCCACACUUCUACGCCUUCCUCCUCGCCGCGGGCCUCUUCUCCUCUCUCGGCUCUCACCUCUGGACCAACGUCUUCCGUCUGCCUCGGUUGAUCAAAGCCAUCCAGCAUCCCGCAAGGAUCUCCAGUCCCCAGGCGCUGGCGAACCAAGCCGCCAUCCUACCAAGUUUGGGAGCGAGUGGAGCUAUCUAUGCGGCAUUGACCAUGACCGCCUGUGCUUUCCCCGAUUCUGCCGUCGGCAUCAUCUUCAUUCCUUUCGUGACCAUCCCCAUCGGGUGGGGUGUGGCGGGGAUGGUGGCUGUGGAUAUGAUCGGUCUAAUUCGUGGAUGGAGGAUGUUUGAUCAUGUAGCGCAUCUCGGAGGAGCCCUCUUUGGCUUCUUGUACUAUGGCUACGGGAGGGAGGCUUGGCUUUGGACGAGGAGGAAGCUGGGCGCGCAGGAGAGGAAGGCUGGGUAUCUGUAA